AUUAACUACCACCGUGUUGACAUUAAAUUAUUUCUUCCCCUAAGCUGUUGCUGAUAUACAUGUACAUUAUCUUUGAGGCGUGUUUGCUCCGUCGUAGUCGAUAGGAGGGUCAAAAGGCUAGAAAACAAUUAUAAAAGUAAACUAAUAUGGCUACCGGAAGUGAAUCCAUAGUUCCAGAGAAGGAACUUCACAGCUUUGUAGUACGUUGUAUGGAAGCUGUUGGUGCAAACUCAGAACAUGCUAGCGUGUUGGCGGAUCUUAUUGUGGCGGCAGACACAAGAGGGCACUAUAGUCACGGACUAAAUAGAUUAGAUAUGUAUGUCAACUCUAUUGAAACGAACACGACGUCCCAUGGUAAAGGAAUAGAACCUCAGAUUGUCAAAGAAACGGUAGCCACAGCUUUAGUAGAAGGGAACAACAUUCUUGGUCCAGCGGUCGGAAAGUUUGCUAUAGACUUAGCUAUAAAGAAAGCCAAAGAGGCAGGCAUAGGUUUUGUGACAGUUAAAGGUUCAAAUCAUUUUGGAAUAGCUGGAUGGUAUGGCAUGAGAGCUAUGGAACAGGGAUUGAUUGGAAUGGCUUUCACGAAUACAUCACCACUGUUAGUUCCGACAAGGGCUAAAAAGGUGACCCUAGGAACAAACCCAAUAUGUGUGGCUGCCCCAGCCAAGGAUGGUGAUAAUUUUGUACUCGACAUGGCAACCACAAGUGUGGCAUUAGGAAAGAUAGAGUUACAAGAAAGGAAGGGAGAAUCAAUGCCGAAUGGCUGGGCUAUUGAUAAAGAAGGAAAGGAAACAAAUGACCCCUCAGCUUAUGCAGGUCUCCUUCCGCUCGGAGGAUCUGAGGAGAGCAGUGGCUAUAAGGGUUAUGGUCUGGCAAUGAUGGUAGAAGUGCUGUGCGGAAUUUUAAGUGGAGCAAAUUUCGGACCAAAUCUUCGUACAUGGAAAGAUUUUGAGAAAGUUGCAAAUCUCGGCCAAUGUUUUAUUGCAAUUGAUCCUAGUGCAUUUGCUGAGGGAUUCGCCGAAAGAAUGAGCGAAUUAAUGGAAUAUUGUAGACGUCUUGAACCGGCAGAAAAGGAACUUCCGGUAAAGGUGGCUGGUGACCCUGAAAGAUUCCAUAUUGAUCUUUGUAAACAACAUGGAGGAAUUCCCUAUCAUCAGAAUCAAAUAACGUUUGCGAAUGAUUUAGCCAAAAGACUCAAAGUGAAGCCCAUGAUGACAAAAGAUCAAACCCUGAAAUGACGUGAACGCUAAUAAUACAAAAAUCUUUUCUUAUUACUCUCUAAUCAUGUAUUCUAAAGCUCAUAUACAUUUAUAAUAAAAGAAUGAAUUCUUUCUAA